AUGUCCCUCCUCCCCCUUCUCGACUUCUCACUGUUUAUUUCCGGCACACCCACAAAAAAGAAGCACUUCGCCGACGCCCUCGUACAAAGCUUCAAGGACCAUGGCUUCGUGCGGCUGAUCAAUCAUCCCAUUCCGGAGGAGAUUAUGAAGGGUGCUCUCUCCUACUCAGCGCGCUUCUUCAACCUCCCUGACGAGGAGAAAUCCCGUAUUAGGAACAUCCCCGGUCCGCAUCUGCAGCGGGGUUGGAGCACUGUUGGCGUCGAGAGGACGGCGCAGCUGCGUGAGGACAAUGUGCAGUGUUGGACCGGGGGGGGGGAUGAUCUUACGGAUGAGAGGGAACACUUCGACGCAGGACCGCUCGAUGACAGCCUCUAUCCCAACCGCUGGCCUAGCGAAGAGCAGCUACCAGGCUUCAAAGCCUUCAUCGAGCAAAGCUACUCCCUCUUCCAGGACGUCAGUCUUCAGAUCAUGCGGAUACUGGAACUAGGCCUGGGACUCGAGCCCGACACGUUCGUCAGCCGCUGCAUCCCCAGCGCCAGCGAGCUGCGUCUAAACCACUACCCUUCUGUAGACGUGGCGAAGCUGAGAGCUGGCAAUGUGAAGCGGACGUGGCCGCACACAGACUUUGGGAUCAUCACGCUGUUAGUCCAGGGCGAGACGGGGGGUCUGGAGUUGGAGGAUCGGCGGAGACCGGGCAAGUUCGUGCCUGUGCCGCCGAACCCGAAGGAGCUGGUCGUCAACGUCAGCGAUACUUUGCAGCGGUGGACGAACGGGGUGAUCACGGCGGGCCUGCACCAGGUGAGUCCGCCGCCUGGAUUCGAGAAUCUGAACUCGGAGACGCUGCCGGAGAGGUAUUCGUGUGUGUUCUUUCUCAAGGCUGGUCGCGAUACGUCUGUCGGGCCUUUGGCGGAUUUUGUCACGCCGGAGCGGCCCCAGGCGUAUGAGGAGAUUACGGCGCUGGAGUAUCAGCAGCGGAUGACAGAGAAGUUGUAUCGCUAG